CGGACAGUACGGAGCGCGGGAGCGCGCGAGCGCGAGUUUAAGGAAGUGAGAGUUUCGACGCCGAAGCCUGAGCUGCUCACAGACCAAAACAAGGCCAGAUGUUCUGAUGUGACCUUGAUGCGACCCCGUGAUGAAGCUCCAUGGCAAAAUCCUGCACCACUACCUGUCCAGUGGUGAACCUGAUAAAGAGGGAUACCUGUACAAAAAGGGGGAAGUGAACACGUCCUACCAGAAGCGUUGUUCUCUGAAGGGAAAUCUGCUGUUCUAUCGGGAGCGCCGGAGCGAGCGAGAUGUUCUGGGGGUGAUCGUGCUGGAGCGCUGCACCGUGCAGCUGUGCGACUCAGACGAGCACUUCGCCUUCUCCUUGUCCUUCUACGGAGCCGCAGAGGACACGGAAGGCCUGCGCACGUACAAGUUCUCAGCAGAGGACCAGGCGAGUCAGGAGAGCUGGGUCAAGGCCCUCCACUCGGCCCACCACAGCUUCCUCGACCUCCUCGUGCAAGACCUACGCCAGCAAUACGUCGAGGCUGCGAGAAACGCCGGAGUUGACCCGGUCGAAGGGAUUUUCGUAAAGGAAAGGAUGCGUCAUUCGCAGAAACCCAAAUGCCCAGGGGCAAACUCCGUCUUUUACACGCCGAACGAAAACCAGGCGCUUCAAGCCCCGUCCGCGGGCUGCAAGCAAGCCGCCAAACGCUCCCCGAAACUUUGGCCCAAGCGCCACCACCACCCUGGGCCGGCGCCGUGCGUCACGGAGUGCCAAGAGCCUCUGCAGGACUUCCACCAACUGCACGAGCUUUUCGGACAGGAAGUCAGGCAGCUGGUGGCCGAGUGGCAGAAGAAGAGAACGGAAAAGUCUGCACAGGCUGAAGGAAAUCUUAUCGACUUGGGGUAAAAAUAAAAAAAAGACACAAAUGAAUUGUCUGUUGCACUCGUUUCACCUUCCAAAUGUCUAAACGGUAACGAAUGUGUAGAACGUCAGGGUUUGGAGGUGUGAUGUACCACCAAAAUUGUAAAAAAAACAUUUGCCACACGGUACUCUAUUGUUACCUUAAAACGUAGCUGAUCGAAUGUUAAAACAUUCUUUUACGCCAUUUAUUUUUGUAAUAUUUUACGAGAUAUGACUGUUGAUUUGCACAAAUUUUAUUUGAACUAUUGAAUGCUUUUAUUUACAACCUCUUAUUACAACAAAUACAUUUUUUUCAUUCUAUUUUCUGAUAAAAAUGUUUAAUUUUUUUAUUCACAGUUAAUUUUGUAAUUUUUUUUUUUUUUAUGUAGCUUGAAACACUGAUUUGGAGAUUUUAUUUUUAAUUUAAUGCUGUGAUUUAAUGUAUUAUUUGUUUUCUAGAUUAGGUUUGAUAAACAAAUCCUUUGCAAAAUUAUUGUUCAUUUUCUUUAUUUCACAAAACUGUUUCAUAGAUUGUUUGUGGUAACUGUUUCUUAGGUGAUGCAGUAAUUAUUGGCACCCUUUGUUAAAAGAAAGGUUCAAAAGUGUGUAAAAAAAUAAAAAAUCGAAUAUGUGAAAUGAAGAACAUUGA